ACAAUGGAGGGGACACCCCUGGGGGUUGUGGUGGCAUCUCUGGGGAUGGUGUCACUCGUGGGGACAAUGGAGGUGGCACCUCUGGGGAUGGCGUCACCCAUGGGGACGAUGGAGGUGGCACCUCUGUGGGUUUUUUUGGCACCCAUGGGGAUGGCAUCACCCGUGGUGACGAUAGAGAUGACACUCCAUGCUGUCACCCUUGUAGUGACCCCAUGUCCCCCUGCCCCUCUGUCCCCACGUGUCCCACCCUCACCAGGGCCUACCUGGAGCUCGAUGUCACCUUGUCCCCUGAGGCCUUCCAGAGCCAUGCCACUGCUGCCAUGGCCCACGUCAACCACGCGCUGAAGCUGCUGCUCCGCCUCUUCCUUGUGGAGGACCUGGUGGACUCGCUGAAGCUGGCCGUGGCCAUGUGGCUGAUGACCUACGUGGGAGCUGUCUUCAACGGCAUCACCCUCCUCAUCCUUGCUGAGCUGCUGGCCUUCACCCUCCCACCCGUCUAUGAGAAGAACAAGGUGAGACCCCAAAAUGAGGAGAAAUCCCCAAAUUGGGGGUGAGAUCCCAAACUUUUUGG